GUUUUCCUGCAGAUAAACGCGGAAAAAGAUUCUGUCAGCCCCUCCCCCGCUCAGUGACGUCACUGAAAGGGAGAGGAGCGCUCUUUGGCUGACCCAGCUCUUUCUCCAGAUAGCUGAAUUCUGCAGCCAAACAGGACCGACCUCUCUCUUGCUCUCUCUCUCUUUCUCUCUCACUCUUUGCCAGCCCUCCAGCCAGAGACGCGCAGCCAGAGGAGAGGCAUGUCACAGCUGAACGCACGCCAACCCGCCUCCGUCUGGGUGAAAAACAAGCAGAGCGCAGCCACUUUUCAGCUUUACGCACGAGCUUUCAGCUUGUUUUACGCGCCGUCCGAAGACAUACCGCUUCACUCCUCCAUCUGGUGAAUACAUGUCAGGAUGUUUCCCAGCCCGAUCGUGUCUGCUUCCACCACGCCUUUUUCCGUGAAGGAUAUUCUGAGGUUGGAGCUACAACAAUCUCAGCAGCACCAGCUCCAGCUCAUCUCCUGCUUCGGCCUCUCCAGCGCGCUUUCACAGCCGGGGAGCUUUGCAAACAAACCCUUCAGCGCUCAUUCACCACCCUCCUGCAUGCUGGCAGGCAGAGACAGCCCCAGCCCCAUCAGCUCCUGCCUCUCGGAGAGCGAGGAGAGGAUGUCGUUUCUCGGUGCUCUGAACGUUCAGGACCGGAUGACGGAGAGCGGUUUGGCGGCGGAGGUGUUCGGAAAUGUCGCUCAGAGUCACCCUGCAGGACUGGAGACCGAGCAGGAGGAGCACGAAGGCAAGAGCUGCGGUGCGUCGCGGGGGGGCUGCGAGGACCUGGAGUCGGACAAAUCCGCCAAGCAGCAGAGGACCAGACGGAAGCCACGCGUCCUCUUCUCCCAGACGCAGGUGUUCGAGCUGGAGCGGCGCUUCAAGCAGCAGCGCUACCUGUCCGCCCCAGAACGAGAGCACCUGGCCAGCUCUCUGAAACUCACCUCCACCCAGGUUAAGAUCUGGUUUCAGAACAGGAGGUACAAAUGCAAAAGGCAGCGGCAGGACAAGACUCUGGAGAUCGCAGGUCAUCACCACCACCACCACCACCACCAUCCUCCACCGCCGCCUCGGAGGGUAGCCGUGCCGGUUCUGGUCCGAGACGGGAGGCCCUGCCUGGCUGGAUCUCAGAACUACAACAGUCCCUACACGGUGGGAGCCCCAACCCCGUACAGCUACAACGGUUACCCGGCCUACAGCUACAGCAACUCGAUGUACACCAACACUUACUCUUGUUCUUAUUCUAGCUUACCUGCGCUCCCGCCGAGCAACACGACCAACGCCUUCAUGAACAUGAAUUUGGGAAACAUUGGUGCUCAGACGCAGAGCCAAGCUGCCCAGGGACCGGUCACGCCCUGCCAAGGAUCUCUGCAGGGCAUCCGGGCGUGGUAGUGGCUGGUGGGGGGCAGUAAAUCAGACCUCAGGGUGGAUAUGGACCUAAAUCCCGAUGCACGCAAACUCAGACAAGGAAGUCGUUGAUUUUUUUUUUGUCAUAACACAUGUAGAACAGCAGUGAAGUCCUGAUAUCAUUGUUACCGACGUGUUAAGUUGUGCGUAAUGGUUCAAAUUAGAUGUAACGUGCUGCACAAAUAAAGGGAACGUGUAUAGACGUUUAUAGGUUUGAAAUGACUGUAAUCGUGUUUAAAUGGAGCCACAACGCUGCAAAAUGAUGCACAACCAACACCAGACCUAGUAUUAUUGUUACUUUAUUUGUGUUUCUUUUUUAUCAGCUUAACUUGUAUUUUCUGUAUUUUUUUUCUUGAGUCAUUCUGAACUUUGUUGCUUACAGAGAAUUUACGCAAGAAUGAAGGUGAUUCCUGCAUGGUGAUGAAAUUAAACAAACCCAAUAGAACGUAA